AUGUAAGUGUUUGCUCCAGCCUCGAGAAAAUCUGCAAAAUGUUUUUUUAGCGAAAAGCAAUGGAUGACAACAAUGUCAAGGCUCCUUGUUUGUCAUUAUUUGUGGGUAACUUAAAUCCAGAUUACUCAAAGGAGCUGCUGAGUUACAUGCUGAAGGAUUUACUUGCUGCAAUCGACGUUGUCCUGCAAAGACAUGACAUUGAAGUCUUCAAGAAGCACAAACGAGCCCAUGCAUUUAUUCGCAUGAAGACGGAGAAUGGAGUUCAAAAUAUCUUGAAACAACUUCAAGAUCCUGCCAUUUUGGAUCAAAACCACAUGAAAGGAUUAGUAGUUAAAGGGAAAACGUUAAAAGUUGCAAGGGAUAUCCGUGACUUUUCAGAUUACACCUUCGAUAAGAACAGUUCUGCAGAUACAUCAAAAUACGAAUCCCACAGUCAAGGACAAAAGGACAAGAGGAGACUGGAACAAACACAGGACACAUUGGGAUAUACCACGGGGAAAUCCAGCUACCUCGCAAACAAAGUGAUGGACCAUUUAUCAACUCCUCUGAGUGGUACCAAGUCAGACAGUGCUAUCAUCGGUGGAGAGAUUGCUGGACAGGAGCGCUUAUUUUAUGGGGCACUGAUGGGGAGUGAGACAAGGAAUGUUGAAUUCAAACGUGGAGGAGGAGAAUACUUGAACAUGGCUCUGAAGAACCACGUUAGGAAAUAUGUCUGUGCGUUUCUGAACAGUGAAGGGGGCAGUUUGUUUGUGGGUGUGAAUGACGAUGGCACUGUGUGUGGAGUUGAAUGCAAUCACAAGGAUGAAGAUCGGGUUAGACUUCUGAUAGAUUCAAUUGUGAAAGGGUUUAAACCACCACUCUUCCCCAAUUCCUACUCAAUCACCUUCCUUCCAGUCAUCAAGGAUGGGGACACCGGGAUGUUUCUCAAAGUGAUGAGGUUAACUGUGCAUCCGCCCAAGAAGGAUGGUGAUGUGUUACUGUACGAGACUGAUCAGGGUGAAGUGUACAUUCGUCGAGAUGGUAGCAUCCAAGGUCCACUAUCAGGAAGUUCCAUUCAGGAAUGGUGCAGACAGAAAUGGACAGUGGAAAUCAAGAAACUGCAAGACACAAUCGACAACUUAGUCAAAGAGGAACGUCGUUUGCAGGAGGAACUUCGUCAGCAGCAACAGUCAAUCCUGGAACUGCAACAGUUGCAGCAAGAACUACAGGCAGUGAAUUCAGACAAGAUCGCUGUGUCAAAUCUGUGCUGCGUUAUUUAACCACACACGAGAUCAGGCCAACCCAGAGCACACUGCAGACAUCAGGGGCAACAACCUUAAAACAAGCAACUCAGAAAUGACAGUUUAAUAAAACCUCUGCUGCAGACCUGAAA